GUAGGAUAUUCAUCUCUUUGCGCCCACUACAACUCCUCGUCCCUCCAACCCCCCAACGACAAAUCAACACCGUCAAAAUGGUUGCUGCCACCAAGCCCACCGCCACCAAGGGUGCUAAGAAGUCCCAGAAGGUCACCAAGAAGUUCAUCAUCAACGCUUCCCAGCCCACCAACGACAAGAUCUUCGACCCUUCUGCCUUCACCACCUUCCUCCAGUCCCGCAUCAAGGUUGACGGUACCACCGGAAACCUCGGCGAGCGCAUCACCGUCACCAACCUCAACGACGGCAAGAUCGAGGUCGUUGCCCACCAGGAGUUCUCCGGUCGCUACCUCAAGUACCUGACAAAGAAGUUCCUCAAGAAGCAGCAGCUCCGUGACUGGCUCCGCGUCGUCUCCACCUCCAAGGGUGUCUACGAGCUCCGCUUCUACAACGUCGUUGGCGAGAACGAGGAGGAGGAUGACGAGUAA